UUGUUUCCGGGUAAAGAGGACAGGAACAAGUAUAGCGGCAACAAGUUGUUUUAGACGUUUCUCGACUGCCUGACCUGCCAGACGGUGAUUGACAUGGCAGCUAAUGGAGCAAGCUGUGAGCAGCCUCAGAAACGCGCAGGAGCUAAAGACAAACUGAAUGGGAAAUCCGCAGACUUGUCGUUAAGAGAGAGGCGACAGAAGGAUAAGGAAGAGCGCCUGUCUCUGGUGCUAUGGAGGAGACCUGUUACCACUUUGCAUUACUUUCUCCUGGAGACGCUCCUUAAGCUAAAGGAGUGGACGUUUAAGCUUUGGCAGCGGAGAGGCAUCGUUUUCCUGUGUUUGGUGUUAUGCUCUCUCUUUUCCAUCGCAUACUCAACUGAGGGAGAACACCAGCAAUAUGUUCAGUAUCUGGAAAAGAAGUUCCUAUGGUGUGCCUACUGGGUAGGCCUUGGGAUCCUGUCUUCAGUGGGCCUUGGAACUGGUCUGCACACCUUCCUUCUCUACCUGGGCCCUCAUAUAGCUUCAGUAACCCUGGCAGCAUACGAGUGUGGGUCCACAGACUUCCCAGAGCCUCCCUACCCAGACCAGAUUGUUUGUCCCGAAGAUGGAGGAGUGGAGGACACAAUCUCCCUCUUCUCAAUCAUGUCAAAGGUCCGACUGGAGGCCUGUAUGUGGGGUGCCGGCACCGCCAUCGGAGAGCUGCCUCCUUAUUUCAUGGCCAGAGCGGCUCGUCAGUCGGGAGCUGAUCCAGACGAUGAGGACUACGAGGAAUUUGAGGAGAUGUUGGAGCAGGCCGAGGGUGCUCAGGAUUUUGUUACAAGAGCAAAACUGGGAGUGCAGCACAUGGUGCAGAAAGUGGGAUUCUUUGGCAUCUUGGCUUGUGCCUCAAUUCCUAAUCCUCUCUUCGACCUGGCUGGAAUAACCUGCGGCCAUUUCCUGGUUCCUUUCUGGACCUUCUUUGGAGCAACUCUGAUUGGGAAAGCCAUCAUCAAGAUGCACAUACAGAAACUUUUCGUUAUCAUCACCUUUAGCAAGCACAUAGUGGAGCAAAUGGUGUCACUCAUCGGGUCGGUGCCCAAACUAGGGCCAUCUCUCCAGAAGCCCUUCAGGCAGUACCUGGAAGCACAAAGGAACAAGCUGCACCAUGCUGGAGGAAGUGCACCAGCGGAUGAGAACUGGCUGUCGUGGGUGUUUGAGAAGGUGGUGCUGGUCAUGGUCUGCUACUUUGUCAUUUCCAUCGUGAACUCCAUGGCUCAGAGCUACGCCAAGAGGCUGCAGCAGCUGAGGCACUCGGAGGAGAAAACCAAGUGAUGGCGAAAUAAAGCGGUACAAACAUCCAAGCGACUGUGUUUGUGCUGCCGCUGAGAGCUCCACUUUCGGCCACAGCCACUCACAACUUAACCUCACCCUCAUCCAUUCUCAAAGAGGCUGAACGAUCAAGAAACCAGGCAUAAUUUGUCGGUGUGUGCGUAUGCAUGAUUUUUUUUAAAAAAAUUUUUUUUGAGGAUGUAUGUGCCGUUUACUGUCUCCUUGUUCAGGUUUUUGUAGUUCUUCUUCAUCUCACUCUUUAGGUGUGUCUAGCGCGAUUGGUUCUACUGCUGAUCUUAACAAGUUACUUUAAAUUAACCCAUUCAUUGACCUCAGAAGUAAAGCAGCGGUUUGGUGGUUGCUGCUGUGUAAGGGCAGUGCCCAUCAGAUGCUAUGCCUUAUGCAAGACGGGAAGGCGUGACCUCCCUUGAAUAUAGCUCUUGACUUAUAGACUUGAUUUUUAUUUAAUUUUGUAACCUUUGUGUAUGGAUGGAUCUUGAUUUGUCUGUACAGUGUGCUGCCAAGAUAACUGCUGUGGAUGGUGUUUCUUUUCAGGGUUUCAUUGACCUCAUGGUUUUUGUCCUGUAAGACCAAUUUUGUCUUUUGUUUCUGGAAUUGUCCAUUUAAAAAUGGCAGGAGGAGGGAGAAAAAAAGCAAUAUCAACUUCAGAUGAUGUGGUAUUGAUGUUUUGCACAUUGUGUAAAUAUCUUACUAUCUUUUUGACGGUAUGUUCAGAUGUAUUUCUAUUCUAUGGUCUGUGUGAACAUGAGUCAAUUUGAACCAAAACCCACAAGAGAAGGCGAUAUCAUUUGUAAAGUGACGAUGUACCCUCAGCUAACUAGUACAAUUUCUAUUCUGUACAUUUGACUUGAACCUGGGAUCAGAUCAUACAUAAAACAUGGAAAUCGU